UUAGGUUCUUUUCCGCUUCAUUUCACACAGUGUUUCGGUGUUUUUCAUCAAACACAUUCUCUUGUUCUUCUUUUCUCUCUUGCAUUUGCAUUUUCGCAGAGGUUUCAUUUUGUUUGUUUGCGUCUAUUCGAUGUCAAAGACGAAAAACUUGAACAACACCGAUCUGUUUGAGACUUUAGUUGUGAUGGAGCCUGAAACCUCUGGAGAUGGCGUUUAUGAUGAUGAUUUUGGUUUUGCUUUUAACGAUUCUAACUUUUCAGAUAGAAUCCUUCGGAUUGAGGUCAUGGAGGAUCCAAUUGAAACACAUACAGAUACAAUUUCAGAUUGGUCUCAUCGCAAGAGAAGAAGGGAGGACAUUCAAAAAGAAAAUGAUCUUGCUGUAUUGCCCGACGAACGGAUCAUAAAUGGCCACCAACCAGAUGUGGAUGACUGUGGACCCUCUGAGAACCGGGAUGAUGAAGCUGAUGCAAUGCUCGAAGAAUCCCCUUCAGGGGAUGAGGCUGCAGAUAGAAGUAAUGCGACUUUCAACAUGGACUGUUCUGCAGUUGUGAAAGUAAGAACACUGCAUAUCAGCUCUCCCAUCCUAGCUGCCAAAAGUCCGUUUUUCUACAAGCUAUUCUCCAAUGGCAUGAAGGAAUCAGAUCAGAGGCAUGUCACUCUGCGAAUCACGACUUCUGAGGAAGCAUCACUCGUGGAGCUUCUGAACUUCAUGUAUAGCAAUACGGUGAAUGCAACUUCACCGGAUGCUAUACUGGACGUGUUGAUGGCCGCAGACAAGUUCGAGGUCUCGUCGUGCAUGAGAUACUGCAGCAGGGUGUUGCGGAAUAUACCCAUGACACCUGACUCCGCAUUGCUCUACCUGGACCUUCCUUCCAGUGUCAUAAUGGCUGAUGCUGUCCAGCCACUGAUUGAUGCAGCGAAGCAGUAUCUUGCUGGUCGGUACAAGGACAUCACCAAGUACCAGGACGAGGCCUUGGGCUUGCCGCUGGCUGGAUUAGAGGCGAUCUUGUCCAGCGAUGAUUUACAGGUUGCAUCUGAGGAUGCAGUGUACGACUUUGUGCUGAAGUGGGCUCGAGCCCAGUACCCAAAACUCAACGAGAGGAGAGAAAUCCUGGGUACGAAGCUCACUAGCUUCAUCCGCUUUCCAUACAUGACCUGCAGAAAGCUGAAGAAGGUCCUGGCAUGCAACGACUUGGAUCCAGAAGUUGCAUCCAAGCUAGUAUCCGAAGCCUUGUUCUUCAAGGCUGAGGCACCACACCGGCAACGCAUACUAGCUGCAGAAUCUGCUUCGUCCCGCCAUCUGUUCGUCGAGCGGGCUUACAAGUACCGCCCUGUUAAGGUUGUGGAAUUCGAACUUCCACGCCAGCAGUGCAUUGUAUACUUAGACUUGAAGCGGGAGGAGUGCGGAAGUCUGUAUCCAUCCGGUCGGGUAUACUCCCAGGCCUUCCACUUAGGUGGACAAGGUUUCUUCUUGUCGGCGCAUUGCAACAUGGACCAGCAGAGCUCCUUCCAUUGCUUCGGCCUGUUCCUAGGGAUGCAGGAGAAAGGCUCUGCCAGCUUUGCCGUCGACUACGAAUUUGCUGUGAGGUCGAAGCCGACCGAAGACUUUGUCAGCAAAUACAAGGGAAACUACACGUUCACCGGUGGAAAAGCUGUUGGGUACAGAAACUUGUUCGCAACUCCGUGGAUGUCGUUCAUGGCCGACGACAGCUUGUACUUCAUCAACGGCGUACUCCACCUUAGAGCUGAGCUUACGAUUAGAAACCAACCUGAUGUACAAGUGUAAACUUUGUAUUCUAGUCGGUAUCUUGUAUUUUUUGUAGCUUGGUUUCUCAUUUCACGUGAAGCCUAUGUUGUUGUAAAUUGUAAUAUACUAUAUUAGGAAAAAACGUGAAAGAGUUGUAAGUAGCUGGAGGCAGAUCAAGUAUAUUGUAUUAAGCAACUUCUGGUCGAUGAUUAAAGAUGUUCUUGUACUUGGAGAUUUUGCAAUGCAAGGUUCUGUUAGUAUGGAUA